AGAGUGGGACGCCAGGUCUGGCCGGACGCUUCCUUCCCCCGGGAGUAGGUCCUUCCUUCCGUUCCCCCAGUCCUGAAGCCUUCCUUCUCUCUCCAGCCCCUCCCCUCUCCUUUCUCCCGAGACCACGACCCCAGCCCCAGAGCCCCUCGUCCCUUCCCUGUGAUCCCCACCAUUUCUCUACAGUGUACCCCAUCUCGUUCGCUCUUCUUGGAAAAUUCGAGCUCUAAACUCUCCUCUUCUGACUCCGAAUCCUGUCCCCUGCCAGAUCCUAUCAUCAGAAUUGACCCUUUUCCCUUCCGUGAACCCCAACACCUGCUCUUCCCCGUCGAGAGAUUUCAACUGUAAUGCCGGAGAAACCGAGGCGAGAUAGAGAAAGAUAAACAUGUUCACUUCUCGGAUUUAUACCUUAGUUUUAGUGAUGAAGCCUCAGCAAAUUCUUUUAGGAAUGAAGAAACGUGGCUUUGGAGCUGGAAAGUGGAAUGGAUUUGGGGGGAAAGUAGAAGAUGGAGAGACUAUCGAGGAAGGAGCCAAGAGGGAGCUAUUGGAGGAGAGUGGACUGACUGUGGACACUCUACAGAAGAUAGGAAAAAUCACAUUUGAAUUUGUAGGUAAUACCGAGUUAAUGGAUGUUCACAUCUUUUAUGCGGAUCGUUUCCAUGGGACUCCAAAAGAAAGUGAUGAAAUGCGCCCCCAGUGGUUCCAGUUGGAGCAAGUUCCCUUUAGUGACAUGUGGCCGGAUGACAGCUAUUGGUUUCCACUAAUGCUCCAAAAGAAAAAAUUUCAUGGAUAUUUCAAGUUCCAGGGACAAAAUACAAUUCUAGACUACAGACUGAAUGAAGUGGAAAUUGUCUGAAAAAAAGAAAGAAACCAAUACCUUUAAAAACACAUAGCAUACUUGGCUAGGGAAGCUGUCUAUUGUACCGCCCUUAUUUCGGCUAUGUGUAAUUUAAGCAGGGGUUUCACUGUAGUUUUUAAGGCAAUGUAAUAUUCAGUAUUUGUUUGGGGAACAAAAAGAAGCUCUAAAAGCUGAAAUUUGCUUGUAAUAAUACAUGUCACAUAAUGAGGACACCCUCAAAUAUGGACCAUUGUCAGAAGGACAUUUUGAUUGUAAGGAAGAAGUGACAAGUAUAGUGACCAUUCAUGGUAUAGCACUUGUCAGUGAAAUGUAUUAACAGUCCACACUAGGGGGCAAUAGCCACUAUAGAAAAGUGGGAUGUUUCCAUAUUUUCUGGAAUAUAAAAACCAUUUUUUCUGGAAGAAAAAAAAACAAAGUCUUUUUCUUUCCUGCUAAAAAUUCUGAUAAUGUAAAAUGACAUGCCUUGUGAUUUACAAAAUUCUGACUGGAUUCUUACUGGCCUUACUAAAUUGAGAAACUAUUUCAAAAACAUCCCUCUGAAUUCCUACAAGGAGCUAGUCAGAACCUCCUGUUCUUUAAGAAGAUAAUAACUAUCUGCUUCUUUGAAAGGGUAAUCUUUCCUCAUCUAAUCCCAGUAACAUUUUACCAGAUUAUAAAAAUAAUACAAGCUAAUGUUUACAAAGCGUUUUAUAUUUUACAAAUAAUUUUUACAAACAUCUUAUUUAAUCUAAAAAAUCACCCUAUGAUGCAUUCCUAUUUUACACAGGACACUGGGGCUCCCGAGGGUGAAUGACUUGCCAAGGUCAUAGGUGUGGAGAGGGGAAAGAGCCCAGCACUGAGAACUUGGGUCUGCAUCCUUACCUGGUACUGCCUUCACAUAAUUCUAUAGAAAGUAGAUAUUCUACAGAGAAAGUUGAACACACACAGUUACUUAAACCUUUUACACACCUCUUACAAAUACAUUUAAUAACAUUUGUUCAUAUAUGUGUUUUAUUGAUAAAAGUUUGGAGUGUAAUCAUUUGUAAACAUUUUCCAGUUCAUCAGUUGUAGUAAUAACUAAUUCCUGCAAUUUGAUAAAGUGCUUCAUACAUGAAACUAGUACAGCAAAGCAAAAGAAAUGGUAAAUUAGCCCAACCAGGAAAGAUUUUCAUUUUAGUCAAACCAGCUUUGCACUCAUUCCUCAGGUUUUCUAAGAUGAGUAGAACGUUAAUUAAGAUUUGUGUUCCCCCUCCCCCCAGGUAUUAUUAAAUAAACCUAAACUCCUAAGGAAUGGGUGGGAUCUAAGACAGAACCAUUAAGAACUAUUUAAUAUAAAUUUUCACAUGUAUAUCUCAUGAUUUGUGACAAGACUCUUCAACUUCAAAAAGCUCUGAAAUGUAAUCCAAGAUAAUAAGGGACAUGUUUUCAUUAGUAAAACACUUAACAGAAUAGACUUCCAAAAUUAUUUAUGACAACAAGUUUUGGUGUUGUCUAGGCCUGUCACAGAAGUCACUUUUUUUAAAUUAGUGUAGUCCCAUAUUCAGAACAAUGUACUCUAACUCACUUUUCAGUGAAGCUGAUGAUUUUUAGACAUUGACAUUAAGCUACUCUGCUUACCAAUGUCCGUCCUUUGAAGGGAUUGGCCCCUCAGAAGAACUAUCUGAUGAGCUUUUGGAUUUGAGCAAGGAACUCAAAUGACAAAGUUGAUUUCCAAAUUUCAGAUCAAUUGUGUCCUCAGGAAGGUUUCAUAAUCAUUGAUUCAGGGAUAAGAAAUCAUGCUGAAGAGGAAGCUCCCUGCCUAUUCCUGUUAUUCUGCAGUUUAGGUCAGUUUCUUCAUUCUUUUUCCCUGGGAUAGUCCCCCCAAACUAAGGGGACACCAUUAGGAUGUGAGGUAUCAAAAGAUGCACUACAAAGUCCUCCACUAUUGUUUAAAUCAUAAUAUUCCUAAAGAAUUCAUUAAGGAAAAAGAUAAAAUCCAAAAAAGAGUAGGUCCCUAUUUAAAUAAAAUACAAACAUUAUGUUUAAGAAUGAGGAUUAAUUUUUUCAACUCUUGACACUAUGGAAAUUUUCUUCAGGAGGAGACAAGCAGAAAUCUGGCUUUACUUAGUCCGUUCCACAGCAGAGGUGCUUCCAGAAAGGGCAGCUGGAAUGGAUUGCAAGCUUCUCUCUGAAAACUGAAGGACUAAUUUUGAACAAGAGUCCACUUUACCCAUUUGUCCUUUGGAUCUUAAAGAGUUUUGUUCCUCAAAAAGUCUAUUGUUGGUAGAUGAUGAGAAAAUAAUGUCCUUACACAUCUGAUUCAACUCAUGACUGUCAUGAUUAACUACAAGCUCCAAAAGCAUCAUUAGUAGUACAAAAGAGGAGGAAAAAAACCUUAGAAACUCUUUGGUAGUACAUUUCCUUCAAGUGAGUGUUUUAAAUUAGGGUAACAUGUAAAAAAAAAAAAAACACAUAAAAAAACACAUCUCUCAUAAACUCCCUCUUAACUAAUGACUGGCCAGCAUGUCAACUGAAAGUUCUUAAUACCAUUUGAUAUUUAUACUUUUCAUGGAGGCACAUACUAAAUUUGCAAUGAUCUCAAACCUAUUCCCCGCCCCUCAACCAACUAUUCCAGUUUUUUAUUUUGUUUAGAACAUCCAGGAAAAGGAGGCUAGGUCUGGAUCUCUUUACAAUUUGUACUCUAACUAUGGCAUGUUCUCCUAGGCUCUAUACAAAGACUUGAGGCCCUAGGCCAGCAGGAUAACAUGCAACUUCAAGGUCCCAAGAGACUUCAAUGUUAUAGCAGUGAAGGUGUGUUCAGCACAGUUUGCAGCUGUGUAGACAGGAAGGAAAAGGCCCCAUGGGGUUUGUACAAAUAAAUUUUAUGUUAUAUGGCUUAAGCAAAUCACACUACAAAAUGGCACAGCACAAAAAAAAGUAUUGAUUCAAUUUGGGUGUAGGCCUUAUUCUAUAAAAGGGUAAUGGAUGGUAGGCAGACAGAAAUCUAGAAGGCAAAGAAUUCUUCACCCCUCUUGGCCAACUCUAGUUAGAGACCAAUAAUCCUCUAAAUAUAACUUCAAUACUAUUUUUAGGCUUUAACUAAAACCCCUGCAUCUUCUCUUUUCAGAGAAUAAAUCCGUUCAACAGUAGAAACAGACCACCUUCCAUCAUAUGCUGUUUUAAAUGUCACAUUCACUUACACAAGUAAAGGUCAGCUUUCCUAGUAGAACGGAAGAAGUGAACCUUAGGGCAGUAAGUUACAGAUCUGGGUGUCAUUAGUAUUUUCUCCCAAGUGACCCUUAUGCCUUUAGCUACUUCAUGAAUGCAAAGCAAACAUCUGAAGAAUGUGCUGACAUGUCACAUGGAGUACACAGUUCACAAAUCUUGCACUUCCACAAAUAUCCUUUUUGAAUGAGUCAAAUAAAGCAAUGUACAUUGAGACCAGACCCUUGAUGUAGCCAUUUGAGUCCACAAAGAAAAGCUUUCAUUUUGCCUGUGCCAGAAAAGUGAAUUAGCUUAUCUGCAUAAAUCAAGUAUUUUUGGUUAUUCUGAUUUUUUUUCCUGUAACAAGAGAGAAUACUUGGUGGCUCCUAUUUUUAUUCUAGAAUCCGUUGUGCUACAUAUUUUAAAACUUAAGAGAAAAUCAGAAUACAACAUUAAAAUAGCAGAGAAAAUUUCCUUUGAAACCUGACAAAUACUCCAUGGGAGGGCAAUAUUUUUAGAAUGCACGCUGCCCAUUUAGAGCCUUUUCCAAUUUUUCUGUCCUUAUAAGAAUGAGAAAGGUAGUCUAAAUAGACCCCCAAAUCCCUAAUGUGGAGAAGUCCAGUUCAUUUUCAAUUCCACAGAGAUGGUCUAAUAGAGAUUUGGAAUAGUAGCAUAUAAAUGCAAAAAAUGACACCACCGAUCUUUACAGGUCUCCACCAAAGAAUAUCUGAGAACUCUCUCACUUCAUCACAAGGUAGAAAACAAACCUGAAGAGUUACACAAUAAACCCCAUUGAGUAAAAGCUUGGCUAAGGAAGGGAAGGACUGAAAUGAGCAGGAAUGUUCCACUACCUCAACUAGGAAUUGUGCCAUUAGGAAACUAGCUAGUUUUACUUUUUUUUCUUUUUUUCUCAAGGAAUACAGAUUCUCUCUUGUAAAGGCCAGUAUAUUUUAAAGCACAACUGAAAUAAAAAUCACGAUCCUCUGA